AUACUAUUCCCCAAUUCCCCACCAUUCUGAGGUGCAACGAAUAAAAGUUAGAGAGAGAAAGUGAAGCAAAUAUACAACGAGCCAGAGAGAAGGUGAAGAGAGACUGUUAUUAAAGCAUAAAAUUUUUCUUGGUCUUAGCUGUUGCUGCUGCUGUUGUUCUUGUUCUUGUAGCAGUAGUAGUAUUUUUCAUGGAUUUUGCACUCUUUCUCUCUCUUUAUUUCUCUUGCUUCCUCUCUAUCUAUCAAAUCUGAACUUUCAAAAGAUCACUUCUGCUUCUGUGAUUUUUUUGGGGCUUUUGCUCUCUAUCAAAUCUUUUUCUUGCACUGAUGAGGAUCAGGAAAAGAAAGGUUCCAUUUCCUCUUUCUUCUCUUUCACCAGUCCCUCUUUCAGAUCUCCAAUUAACCGGGUCUCCCAUGGAGCAACUUCAAGUACUACAUCAUAAUUUCUCGCAAGACGAUGAUAAAGCUUCUUUCUUUGGUUCUGAUCAACAUAAUCACCCGAUCGGAGGUCAAGAUUCCUCUGAUGGAUGCUGGAAGCAAGGAGAAGAGAAGGUUAUGUUGCAACAAGUAGAGCAAGAGAAAGGGGCAGAAGGAGAGAAGAGUAAUGAUACAAGGCGAGGAGGCUUCUUCUUGGGUGCAAAAACACCAACUGCGGUUUUUCAAGAAUCAACUUCUUUUCGUCCAGCUGAUGGGAGAUGGGGUGAGGAAGAGAGAGCAUUUCCAUUCAAAAAGAGAAGAGGGAGCUUUGGAAGGAGAUCAAAGGAAGAAACUAUAUUAAUGGAGAAAGAUAAGAAAAUGAAAAACAAAAUGAAGACGGAGAUGAACAAGAAAUGCAUGCAGCGAAAUGGGAAUGAAGAAGAAGAUGGAGAUAGUAAGGAAAGUAAAGAAAGUGUUGAUAGAAGUAGCUCCAACACAAAAAAAAGGGUUAGAGGUGGUGCACUUAUGGAAGGAUCGCGGUGCAGUCGGGUCAACGGAAGAGGAUGGAGAUGUUGCCAACAAACCCUCGUGGGCUACUCUCUUUGCGAACAUCACCUGGGAAAAGGAAGGCUUAGAAGCAUGACUAGUGUUCGAAACCGAUCCGUGGCUAGCACUGCACUAAAAAAGGGUGAAUCCGAGCCAUUAUCCACUUCUUCAUUGUCAAUAGUCGAAGAAGAAAGAAAGAAAACAGCAACAUUAGAUGAUAAAGUUGGAAGUGUAUAUAUAAAUGAAGAAGAGAAGAAGCCAUUGUUUAUUGCAAAGAAAAAGCAGAAGCUUGGUACGGUGAAGGCUCGGUCGAUAAGUAGCUUGCUGGGGCAAGGAAAUAAUGCAAUUGAGCAAGUGGCAGAAAAUGACGAGUAGGGCUGCAGAGCGAACCGGCAGGAAGACAGAAAAGAGGGUCAUUGCAUGUUGUGGUGUGAAUGUUCGGAUUCGAGGUUAUCUUAAAAGUGCUUAUAAGUGUAACUGUUGUAACUUGUAAGCUCAUUUCUGUUUCGAGAUUCUUAAUAUCAAGUGCAGAAGAUGCAUGGUUUAUAUAUAUAUAUAUAUAUAUAUAUAUAUAUAUAUAUAUAUAUAUAUAUUUUUAUAUAUAUAUCUAUGUAUGUAUGUAUGUAUGUAUUCUUCCUGACUGAUUUCUGGUUUUGAUAGCAAUAUUACAGAAAGGAUUACCUGCCAAGUUUAUUUUUA